UCCGUGCGUGAGGUCUUGCGCAAGAAAAAUCAAGAACUUUUUCACUCCCGUGUUUUCGCAGCGAAAAAGUGCACUUUUCGUGGUGAAUUAGCGUGAAAACAGUGCAAAUCGAACUCACAAUGUCCGGCUACGUCGCGCUGCGCACCUUUUUCAACCCCGUGGCCCGCAAGCCGCUGGCGCAGAUUCUGCUGACGAACGGGGCGGCGUUCCGGCCGGCGGCCGUGGGCUUCCAGCAGCAGCGGUUCUACGCCGAGAAGCAGGUCUUCAAGCGGGACAAGCCGCACUGCAACGUCGGCACGAUCGGACAUGUUGACCACGGCAAGACGACCCUGACGGCGGCGAUUACGAAGGUGCUGGCCGAUCAGGACCUGGCCGAGAGCAAGAAGUACGCCGACAUUGACAACGCGCCGGAGGAGAAGGCGCGCGGUAUUACGAUUAACGUCGCCCACAUUGAGUACCAGACGGAGAAUCGGCAUUAUGGACAUACGGAUUGUCCGGGGCAUGCGGAUUACAUCAAGAACAUGAUCACCGGAACGGCCCAGAUGGACGGAGCGAUCCUGGUGGUGGCCGCGACGGACGGUGCUAUGCCGCAGACGCGGGAGCAUUUGCUGCUGGCCAAGCAGAUUGGGGUCAAUCACAUCGUGGUGUUCAUCAACAAAGUGGACGCGGCGGACGCCGAGAUGGUGGAGCUGGUCGAGAUGGAGAUUCGGGAGUUGAUGAGCGAGAUGGGCUUCGACGGGGACAACGUUCCGAUCAUCAAGGGUUCGGCGCUGUGCGCGUUGGAGGGCAAGAGUCCGGAAAUUGGCGCGGAAGCCGUGAUGAAGCUGCUUGCGGAGGUGGACAAGUACGUGCCGACGCCGACGCGUGACCUGGACAAGCCGUUCCUGUUGCCGGUGGAGUCGGUGCACAGCAUUCCCGGACGUGGGACCGUCGUGACGGGAAGGUUAGAGCGUGGCACGCUGAAGAAGGGCCAGGAGUGCGAGUUUGUCGGUUACAACAAGGUCAUCAAAUCGACCAUCACCGGAAUCGAAAUGUUCCACAAGAUCCUCGAGGAAGCGCACGCCGGUGACCAGCUGGGCGCGCUCGUCCGCGGCAUCAAGCGCGACGACAUCAAGCGUGGCAUGGUCAUGUGCAAGCCCGGAACGGUCAAAGCCAACGACAACUUCGAAGCCCAAGUCUACAUUCUCUCAAAAGAAGAAGGCGGUCGCCACAAACCGUUCACCAGCUUCAUCCAGCUGCAGAUGUUCUCCCGUACGUGGGAUUGCGCCACCCAGGUUCAAAUCCCCGGCAAGGAAAUGAUCAUGCCCGGCGAGGACGCCAAGCUGCAGCUCCGGCUAAUGAGGCCCAUGGUGCUGGAGCAGGGCCAACGGUUCACGCUUCGGGAUGGCCACAUUACGCUCGGAACGGGAGUCGUGACGAAGGUGCUGAAUCAGCUCUCCGAGAAGGAACGGCUCGGUCUGGUCGAGGGCAAGAAGGCCCGCGAGAAGGCCGCCAGCGGUAAGGCUUAAGGACGGGGAGGAGGAGCAGGUCGCGUUUUUAAAGUAACACAUUGUCAUAAUUAUUAACCGUUAACGAUUAAGCGUGGAAUGAAGCAGCAGCAGUCUGGCACUAGAUGAAGGUAGAACUAUUGGAGCUAAAUGUACACUAUUAAAACGAUUAAAAACCAA